AAGAACCCAGCUUUCUUCAGAGUAUUUGUAGCCUGAACUUGUACCUUGACUCACCUAACGGUAUGGGAUAUAUAACAAAGUUUUUUCUGCUGCGAGGUGAACUUUUCCUGAAAGACUCAUGGCGGAGAUUCCCUCGUUCCCCGAAUGCUCUUCCACACUUGGAGCUUCGCAAUCUUUUUUACUCGCUGUGUCAGGCGAGGCUCAGCAUAAUGUUGGGUGAUCUCCUAGGGCUGCCAUGGUGGGUUUUGUGAGUUGCACUAGCUCACUGGUCAUUUGUUUUCUCAGUUUUGAAGGAGUUUCAGUUGCCGAGGACUUCAAUUUUUUCGAGGAUUGUUGUUAGCAAAAUGUCGGCAAAUUUCAGCCGCAGUGAAUGCCUGGCUUUUCAGGUUCACGGAUUUUGGUCAAGAGUCUUGUAUCAAGUUUUCCACUCCUGUCAUAAUCCAGCAUGCUGCGGUGUGUGAUGCGCGUACCUCAUGUCACUCGUAGUUCAUCUAGGUUUUUGUUUAGAAUUUCAACAAUCAUCAGGGUCUUAAGUGGCUGCAAUCCUGGCCGUCACGUUGCGUUCUUGAAGCCAUGGCGACCGCAAUUGCAUCCGUUGCCGUGUAAUUUUUGAAGCUUUCCGAAUCCUUACUGCUCCUGUUCGCUGUGUAACCACCAGACUGUCCUUAUCUGGUUUGUGCUCUUGCGAAUUGGUUCAGCUUCUAGGCAGGAUAUACAUAGGGGGAAAUGUUGAUGUGCACAGGAGCAUCUGGAAUGCUGAUUCCAACGGGAUUGGAUAGUUUGUCGCUUGCAAAAGCCUCUGUGCGCUGCGUUCCCCUCCAGUUGCAAUUCAGUCAACAACUUUGCAUCCGUCGAAAUGUAAAAGUAUCCUUCAAGGAGAGCAAGCUGUUCGCAGCUGCAAAAGGGGGAGGAGAGGGUCCUACUGACUGGUCAAAGUUAUUGGACAAUCCUAGCCCUAAUAUUACCACGACAGAGAAUGUAUCCGAGGCACGAAUUAAGCACGGCUUCAGUCAGCGUUUGUCGAAGACAAUUCGCGAGCAUAAUCUUUUUCGGCCUGGAGAGAAAAUACUUGUUGCUGUCUCUGGUGGUCAAGAUUCUAUUUGCCUUCUUCAUAUGCUGGCGAGCCUACGUGAUCAAUGGGGUUGGCUGUUAGGUGUUGUGUAUUGCGACCACCGGUGGUCGUCGUCGUCCCGGAAACAAGGUUCCCACAUUUCACAGGUUGCAGCAAGCUUAAGGAUAAAUUACUAUCAAGCAGUGACCACGUCGCCUGUCCCCAGUGAAGGACUUGCACGGACGUGGAGGUACGGCAUAUUACAAAGGAUAGCGCUUCGACAUGGAUUUACGUCUAUAGUCACAGCCCAUACUGCGAGCGACCGGGUAGAAACUCUCCUAUACAACCUCUUCCGUGGCUCCGGCCUCCAUGGUUUGCAAUCCUUGACUUGGAGACGCGUAUUGUCUCCCUUGCUGUCGCUCUCUCAACGCACAGCGUUUGCUCCAACUGAGAUCGUUUCGUCACUUGCAGCCCCGAAUGGAGAAAUGGUCGAAGUUGGUAGCUCUGAGGUUGCCCUCGUAAGACCUCUCCUGGGUUUUACAAGAACAGAGGUUCGGGAAUAUUGCGACCUCUUAGGAUUACCUCUGUGGCCCGAUCCGAGCAACAUGUCGCUCGAGAUCGACCGCAACCGCAUCCGUCACCAGCUCCUCCCCUACCUGCGAGAGAAUUUUAACGACUCAGUGGACAAGUCCCUAGCGCGGUGUGCGGAAAUCCUCCAUGCUGAACAACAGUAUCUCGACAGCAUUUGCAAUAACAUCUUGAAGAAGGCGGAGACUGAGGACGCUGAUGGGAGAAAACUCGACAUUAUGAUCAUGCAAUCCCUGCCUGUUGCAUUGCAACGUCGAGUGCUCAAACAAUUUGUUGAGAAUUUUACUGGCAGGAGUUUAGGGUUCGACCAUGUGGAGCGCUUGCGAACUGCUUAUUCCCUCUCAGGUGACUCCCGCAGUGCAUCCAAUGGCGUUAGCCUCGCAUUGCCAGGAAAUGCCUCGGUGAAGUUACUGAAAUCCUACUUCCAUUUGACCCGAACAAAGCAAAUUUAACUACUCUCACAUCACGACCAUCACAUGCUUCUGCUACAACAAAUCACUUGAGUACCAAGUAUUUUGACAAUGACACGAUGCGAGUAAAGUGGGUGCCAAAGACAAACAUUUGAUGGUGCCACUACAGGAUGAAAGUGUGAUAAGCAGCCUCCAGAAAAUUAACGACCUUAGUCAUCGGCCGAGUACGUACCCUUGCGAAGGAGCUUGUCACAUCUUAGAGAAUGUGCAUACAGAAGAGUGAGGAUCCUGAUACAUACCAAAAGCUUUUACGUACUACUACUGAUACCAAUUUUUAUUUUAUCAAUUUAAGAUAAGAAAUUCAAACAAUUUGCGACCGUCA